AUGAAGCGGACUGCAACAAACAGCAGCAGCAGCAGCCUCGGCAGCUGCAGUGACACCUCAGGCCCGCCGCAGAAAGUUCAAUGCAUCGGCAGCAGCAGCAGCAGCAGCAGCAGCAGCAACAGCUGCAGCAACAGCACUAGUGUAAGCAGACAGAUUUCUGUCGCGGAGGGCGGCUGUUCUGCUGCUGCUGCUGGGGCCCCUCAUACUGCGGGGAGCGCUGCAGCAGCAACAGCAGCAACAGCAGCAGGAGCAGCAGCUGCUGCUGCUCGCAACAGCAGCAGCAGCAGCAAAGUUAAAGGUAUCGGGCCUAAAGGAGGGAAACAACUCAACCCGGCUCGAUUCACAGACACAUACGCUCUGCAGUUUCCCAACGCGCUGUCGGCGAAGGCAAUUGUAUGGGCCCGCGAUCCCGUCACCCAGUUCUGGAGGCCCUGCAAAAUCAUACAUGCCAGGCUUAACGCGGAGCGCCGUGCUGCAGCAGCAGCAGCAGCACCAGCCACUGUGGGGGCAGCAGCAAGAAAGAGAGGCCCAUUUCCACUGCGGGGUGCAGCAGCGGCAGCAGCAGCAGCAGCAGCAGCGGCUGCUGCUGCUGCUGCACCAGGGCAGCAACAGCAGCAACCCCUGGGUGACGGCAGCACUGCAGCCGAUUCAGUAACAGCUGCAGCUCCCGGCAGCAGCAGCAGCAGCAGCAGCAGCUGGUUUGAAGGCAGUGCCUUCGUCGAAGCAGCAACAACCCUUAAGCCCAGUGAUUACGACUACUACGUACACUUCCUGGGUCUCGACAGACGACUGCUGCUGGUGCUGCUGUUGCGGCGUGAAAGCGGCAGACACGAGAGCGAACUGCAGCGGCAUGCGUUGUUUUGUGAGUGCCGCCAUCCCCCAGGAAAUGAAAUUUACCGGGAUGAUAGGGUUUCAAUGUUUGAAGUGGACGGAACCUACUUUCGGGUUUACUGCGAAAAUUUGUGUUUUCUAUCGAAACUCUUCCUCGAUCACAAAACCCUAAGACACCCUGUGAAUUUGUUUGUGUUUUAUGUUAUGACGGAGUACGACAGCAAAGGCCACCACAUAACGGGGUACUUUAGCAAGGAGAAGCAUUCAAAGAACAACCUUUCUUGUCUACUCACUCUCCCGCAGCAGCACCACCACCACCAGCAGCACAAUCACCAUCAGGAUCCGUAG